CAGGAAAGCAGAGGCGAUGGCCUUGAGGAGGCCUUUAUAGCCUUGCAGGAGAAACCGGAGUCACGCCGUUUGCCACAGGCCCGCGCGCGAGGGCCCUGCUUCCCGCUUUGGGGAAUUGAACCUUGACUCGGCAGCUGCUCCCUCGUGGAGGCGAGGCCUGUGAGCGGGACUCGGCUGCUUCAGGCGCCAAGGAGGGGAGCGAGCCCGCGCGCCGCUCUGCCCCUUUGCCCCUGGAAGCGCCCGCCUUAGCGGGGCGGAGAGAGCGGACUCCGCCCGCGCCCGUCACGAGGAGCCAUGUAAACAGUGUCGGUUCGCAGGCUUCCCGAGGAGGCGGCGGCUGUUGCCUUUCCUCCGCUAUGGAGGAUAGCCUGGCCCGCGCCUUCGGAGGCCUGAGCCUCCGCCAGCCCCCCGCGCAAGGCAAGGGCCCCCCUCGCAGGAGGCGCCGCUUCAGCAAAAGCCUCUACUUGCUGCGAGGCCUGCCCGGCUCCGGGAAAAGUACUCUGGCCAGGUAAAAAAAAACACCCUUCUCUUUUCGAAGGAGAGAGGACUCCUUCAGCUCUCGAGUCGUAAAACGACGGAGACGGAGUCUUGAGCGGGAAAACCGCGCUUUCUCACCUCGAAGCUUUGUGAGGGAGGGUAGACAGGUUGCUCAGCAGGCGCUCUGGACAUGCUCCGCGGCUUUUGAUUGGCGCGGGAACCUGCGACCCUCCAGAUGUGUUGAGGAUUCUGUGAAAAGCGGGCAAAGCUGGUGGAAGUUGGCAUGCAGAAGCGACUGGAGGGCCUGGGGUCCCCGACCCCCCGACCCCACCACCUCUGGUUUUCUUGGCAUUCAAGAAGGGUUCUGGGAUAAAGAAGCCCUGGGUUCAGCAAAGCGAUGCGUGCUCCAUGUUGAUGGAAAGAGGGGUGGGGUCAACUUUAUUUUUUUCUAGUAGGAUGGCUCCUGUGGUCGACAUUAGAUAGGCGUAUUUCCUUGUCACUGUACCACCAUGCAUAGCUGUCAACUUUCAGAUUUGAAAAUAAGGGGUAAAUAAGGGAUCAGCAGCCUCACCUGUCCUGGGGACAGUCUACGGGAUAUCUAACAAUCCGGGAUAGCAGCGGGAAACGGCGUUGAAAUAAGGGAAUUUCCCGCAAAAAAAAAGGGAAGGUUGACAGCUAUGCCACCAUGCUGGGAAAAAGCUUUGUCUCUGGGGGUUCUGAUUGCUGCUGCACGAUUGUUCAAGGUACAGGAGCAUGUCUGAAACAAGUUGGGGCUGUUCAUGGUAGGUCAAGACAGAGCUCCAAGAUAGCUCAAGGAAACAAGAAGAGAAUUGGUGGGGUGGUGGCUGCUACUGCUCCUUCACAGCUGUCGCUGCCUCUCUUUUUCUGAGCUGCAGUUUUGUUUUCUUAAUUGGUUAUCAGUCCCUACCACCAGUGUAACCUUGAGUGAUAAGAGCAAUUGCCAGUAAUUAAAUAUAUUUUCUUUUUGUAAACAUAUAUUUGGUAUAUUUCCCUGUUUCGACAUGAAUAUUUACCGACGGGAAUUUCCCAAUCCUCAUAGGGCCUUGGUUCAGCUUGAUUCUGAGAAAAUCAAACAAGAUACUUUGGAAGGCAGUCAACAUUGCACUGAAAGCACACACACAAAAAUAUCGCUUUGAUUUUAAUGACUCUGGAUUUUGCCCUCGGUUACCAUUUUCCUAUGGUUAACGGAAGUGGAAAGAACUGUUUUGAUCACUUUAAGGAAAACAGCUAACGCCUUUGUUUUCUUUGUGAUGUCCCACAUUUUUAAUACAGAAUUUGAGUGGAGUCAACAUCAGAAACCUAUAAUCAGUAUGCAGUACUGUAAUAUAUUUCCUGAUGGCUUAAACUAAUAUAAACAUUUUCCAGCACAGGUAGCUUUCACCAAGGUUCCCUGAUUUGUGGCACACCAGUUGCCUCCCCCAACCAAGUAUUGUGACCUCCCAAGCCAGCAGCAAAAGCAGGAAGCAAAUUUAUUGAACUCUUAGGAGGGCCUGUUCUACAUCACUUUUGGGCUAUAUGUGGCUUGGUGGGUCACAAACCUCAUACUGGAUGAAAUGAAACAAGACACCAAAGACUAACAGCAGGUUUUGCAACUUUUGUAACUUGCACGUCACUAAAGGUAAAGUGAGUUGAACUGGAGUAUAAUGGUGAGAUUCACAUUACUCUUCGUUUCCAAGCACAGGUGUUAUGUUGUCUUCGAAGAGCAUAUAGUUACUAUCAAAGGCACAGCUCUUGAUUUUCUGCAUGAAACUGCUUGGAAAUGGCUUGUUUUUAAUUUCAUUGGCUUUCAAAAUGUGCUUCUGGCAAGCCAGUCAUGGAAACAUUGGCUCUGGUUUCACAUCUCACUGAUUUUAGGAAGUGCAAAAAAAUCUCACUCUAUUAGUAUGACAUGGUUCUGGUUCAACAGACCUGAAGAGUUCAUACUGAAGGCAUGCUGACUGAAAAGUGAAGGGUGAAGGAAGAGUUAAGCACUUUCCCCUUGCCUCACUCACCCCUUGGAUAUUUAGUCUUCUUGUCACAUCUCCAGGAUAAAGGAAGCACAAUUUAUAGCAAGUGUGAAGAGAAGCAUCUGGUCAAUGAGGACAGUAUUUUUAAAAAUGCACCUGAGAGUUGCACAAAGUCCACAGUAGUAUGCAUUUUAUAAGCAAAGCAUAUAUAUUAAACAGUUGGGAGCAUAGAGAUAAAUGUGACCUGACAGUUCAUUUCAGCUUGCUGGCCUCUCUCUUUACUUUUUUGAUAAAUUGAGGCCUGCCUCUGCCAUUGCUCAACAAGAUAAGGAAUUGAGAAAUGAAAGUUUGCAGUUAGACUCUUUUUUUCUAGAUCGCUUUUGGCUUAACUUGCUUUGUGAAAGGAUUCUUUUAUUGUGCUGAGAUAUUGCAGAUGAUACCUUGACAUUCCACCUCCAGACAUCAAGGCUCCAUUGCUGCAGCUUCACCUUUUUCAACAAAUCUUUCCCAUGAGAAGUCUGACAUAUUCUGUUGUCCUUUACUGUCAAGAGGAAACUUUAUGCUAGGGAUGGAUGGAUGCCAUUUGUUGAUAGUAUCUUAUAAGAGUAUAGACAAGUUGAGUCUGGAUUGAACAGAUGCUGCUUCAUCCAUAUCUAAGUGAGGCUAAGUCCAACUGCUAUAAACUGGUUAAGUGGUUGGGUUCUUAUCAUUCACUGUCCUUUAAAAAUAUUGUUGUGAAUGUAAUACAUAGAUGUGGGCUGGGGAACCUAUGUCCCUCUACUGUUGAACUACAACUCCCACCGUUCCUGACCAGUGGCUGUGGCUAAUGGGCAUUGGAGUUCAACAACAGCUGGAGGGCUAGUGUUUCCUUAUUGAUGAUAUAGAGCUUCCCUACCAGUCACACCCACCUGCACUGGAUUUUGCAUAGUUUGCUAUAAAAGGCAGACUCGACUGCUAUCCUGCCCUGAAAGGCUGUGGUCUGCAUCCACUGCGCCUAGACGAUUGCUCCUUUGCUGUUAUAAUAGCUCCUCCUCCCCAGGGCAGUAUUGGAUUAGGAGCAGGAAGACUGAGAUUCAAAUCCCCAUUGAGCCACAAAGCCUUGGGUCAGCCACUAUCUCUUAGCCUAACUUACCUCUCACAGGAUGGUUGUGAUGAUAAAUUGGGUUUUACGGUGGGGAGGAGAGAAACACGUAUGUUACUUUACAGUCUGAAAAAACUUGGGACCAGGAUACAUUACAGAUCAACCCCCUUGAUAUAGACCACACCAACCUUUAAGAUCUUUCAAUGGGGCCUUGCCUCUAAGCAUAUUGCCACUUGGUGACAACAUGGAAGCUGGCACUUUCCAUGGUAGCAGCAGCUCCCUGGAAUGCCCUGGAAAUUUCACUGAACGUUGUGUUUUUAUUUUUAUGCAAACUGCUUAAAGGUGGUUUUUAUUUUAUUGUAUUAAGUGGUAUUAAUAAAUAUUUUCUCCUGCAGUAAAUGGGGGGGGGGGCGCGGUUUAAUUUGCUGGUAAUUCAACCCUUGCUCGAAUGGUGCUUUAUUUUCAUUUGACGAUUCCUCUAAAAGUGCACGGGGAACAUUUGGGCCCCAAUUAAAUUGAAGGGUGGUGUUGGUUAGAAAAUGAAAAACUUCAUUUCUAAUAGUUUUACUAAUCCGUAUGAAGUUUUGACCUUUCCUUACAAUUGUUUGGUCUCAACAGGCAACUGAAACGUGAAUUUCCCAGUGCAGUUGUUCUGAGCACUGAUGACUACUUCUCUGCAGAGGAUGGCACAUAUGUGUUUGAUCCUGAUGCUCUAGAAGAUGCACAUAGAUGGAACCAAAAGAGAGGCAAGUACAGCCCUUCCAAUAAGAAUAAGAAUAAGAAUUUCUUAUUUAUACCCCGCCCAUCUGGCUGGGUUUCCCCAGCCACUCUGGGUGGCUUCCAACAAAAUAUUAAAAUACAAUAGUCUAUUAAACAUUAAAAGCUUCCCUAAACAGGGCUGCCUUCAGAUGUCUUCUAAAAGUCUGGUAGUUGUUUUUCUCUUUGACAUCUAGUGGGAGGGUGUUCCACAGGGUGGGUGCCAUUACCGAGAAGGCCCUCUGCCUAGUUCCCUGUAACUUCCUAGUUUUGUGUGUUAGGUUUUGCUUCCUAUCUACACCUUGUACUCUUCAGCAGUUUUCUUCUACAAAAAGUUACAGCAGAAGAGAGCCUUGCUGUAAGAGAAUCUUAUUUGUCACACCGGCGCUAUUCAUUUUGAUCAAAAUGGCUUCCAGAGUUGAUCAAAACAUCAAUUACUAGUAGUAAGAAGUGAAUGAUUCUAUGGAGAAAACAAUGAGAUGCUAUUUAGGGGCUAAUGUUUGAGUCUCUAGUAUGGACAUGUGGAAAAAAUGCAUUAUAAAAAUUCCUAGCAAAGGAAUGAAUUGUACAAUAUAUGCUCUAUAAUCAGUUGGCAUUGCUUCCGCUGUCAGAUAUCUAAAGGCAGAUUUGUAUGCCCUGAUAAUAAACUUUUAAUACUAAAAAUAUAAGCAUGACCACUGCCAUUAAAUAACAAGAAUAACAAUAACAACAAUAAUAACUUGUUUUCACAUUUUAUUUCUAACUUUGUUGUAUCUUUCUCUUGGGUUUGAACAGAUUGGUUAAGGUUGUGUCAGUCAUAGUUUCAGCGGUUCUGAUGUUAAAUGAAAACAUGGAUAACUGAAGAUUUUCUGGAUUAAUUGCAGCACUCCAAGAAGGCAGGAGGGAAGCAAGCACGGCGCAUGCCCUCACAAGGCUUCUGUAUAUCUUGUCCCAAUAAGCUGAAAUAGGUACAUUGAAACUGGGCCGUUGUGUGGAUUUGCUCACAGCUCCCAUGUAAAGAUAACUCCGUGAAGGAGAAUUUUGUUUUCAAAAGUUUUGUGUGAGAGUCCACAUUUCCAUUGUACCUCUGAUUUUGAAUUUUGUAUAUGACUGAGCCCAUGUUUUCCAUAACGGCUAGUGCAGUGUCUCCUCUGGAGGGCACCAGAUUUAUUAUGGAGCCUAGCUAUUCGACCACCUCUCAGAGGCCAGGUCUGCUGAAGGCACAAAUCUUUCCCAGCUUUUACAGCAGCCUGAAUUCUUUUAUCCAAGACCAGUGUUUCCUUCCCUUUAUAUCCCUUUCUUGCAGUGUCUAGUAUAUUCCUGCCUGACAUUAAUAUGGGUGGAAAUCAACAGACUGAAACUAAAGCACAUUAUGGACUAUAUCCUGUGUCUUCAGAAACACUUCCUCAUUACAUUCAGCACAUCAGUACUUGUUUGUGACACAGUGAAUCCCCAAAGGCUCGAUUCAGAACAUCUGUGUAGGUAACAGGAUGAUUUCACUGAUUGUCUGGUCUUUUAAAACAUUUACAUUGUUAUGUUACAGCACGUAAAGCCAUGAAGAAUGGGAAAUCCCCAGUUAUUAUUGAUAAUACCAACGUCCACGCUUGGGAAAUGAAGCCAUAUGUGAUAAUGGUAGGGGAAACUGACCUGUUGUCAUUCUUAAUAUUUAGCCAUGGGUUCCAAAAAUGAGCAGAUAAUCCUGCUAUUUGCUAUCAAGAAAGGCGGGAAAAUGGCAAGAACUUCUAAUGUGCUUAACAUUUUUUUCAAACAUUACUUUUCUUUCACAGAUUUUGCCCAAGCCCUGGAACAUUUUUUUGUGCCACAACUGGAUUUAUUUCUACCCCCUCUUGCUCCCUUCUUCUUUGGGUUCCGUCUAGUCCAGGCAUGUCCAAAAUCUGUUUCCGGGGAGGGGGGGUCUAAUCUGGCCCACUGGUCGGUUUAAUCCGGCCCCUGUGGCAGUCUAUCUCCUGGGUUAAAAUCCUAAAAAAACUUGACAACUUCAAUCCUAAAAAAAGGUCAGCUACUUCGGUCGGCCCUCACGCAUGUUCACUUCAUCAAAUCUGGCCCUCUUUGAAAAACGUUUGGGCACCCCUGGUAGUCAUUGUGUUUUCCUUUCAAGGUUAGGUCACUUAACAUUAUCUGACUCUUAGAAACCACUAAUGGUCCUAAUCUUUUGCACAAUACGUGGCUGGAUGUGCCAGUAAAAUGCUGAUCUUCCAUAUGGUCUGGUUUUUAAGCCUCAAUGAGCAUAGACCAUGCAGUCUGUGUGAUCAGCUUUCUGAUCUUGCAUAUGAAACUACCUUUUGCAGAACCAAACCACUGGCUAAUCAUAUUAUUGGUUCUGACUGGUGAAAGCUUUCCAAGAUACAGCCAGUCGCCCAAGAACCAUUUAACUAGACAUGCCAGGGAUCUUCUGUAGGCAAAGCAUGUUCUGUGCCGAGGGGCUAUGGGACAGCAUCCUUCAAGUCAGAAAGAGUGUCACUUUCUUUAUAUUAUAUGAUUCUUCUUUUCUGAAUUGAGCAUGCUCUGUAACUCUUAGGUUGCAGGGGGGACAUGAGUACCUUUCCUCCAGAUUGCAUUGUUGCUGCUGGGAUCCUAGUUCUCAAACUGCAGUUAGUGUACGCUUGCCUCCAGCUAACAUCUGGAGAUGGUUUGGUGACUGUGCUGGGAACCUGGUAGGAUAGUGUCUAUCACUCAUAAUGAGAUGUGCUUUCUGCCCCUGCUUCUGUAUAACUUUUGGUAUAUUUUUGCUGUAGUUCAAAAUCACUUGAAAAAAAUCACCUUGGAAUCUGACUCUAGAAUUAGGUCAGUCUGCUAAUUUCCCUUUCUUUGUGUGUGGUUAAUAUAACUUGGACAGCUUCUAAAUUAUUAAUGAAGCAACUAUUUCAACAUCCGUAGCUCAUCACCUGUGUUAAGAGCACAUAAUUUGCUGUACUAUUGCAUGGCUUUGCUGUUUUUCUUGAGAAGGAAUGUUUGUCAGAAGUGGGCAAUAUGUGAUAGUGUUGUAAAUUGUUGCAAUCUUCUUUUCUAACUUACCUUGGCAACCUUUAUGUUUAGAGAUCUUGUGGAAUUAAAAGAGGUAAAUUAUUUUGAACUGCGGGGCAGCACAAAAUUUUGAGAUUUACUGACUUGACAGAUAAAUGGUAUUAAUAGUGUGGCCAUGUUGCACUGAACCACAGUCUCACUAGAGUUUAAGGCUAAUGAUAUAUGCUUUAUUAUACUUUUUUAUUUUUAUACUUUGUUAUGUUGUGCAUAUGUCAGUCAUGAAAGGUAGCUUUAUAUUGUGACUUGAUUACAAAUUCAGUACUCUUUCACAUCAGGCACUUGAACACAGCUAUGAAGUUCUUUUUCGAGAGCCAGAUACACACUGGAAAUUCAAUGUUCGGGAACUAACCAGGUAUAGUUUUUUGGCUUAUGUUUUUAGCUGUUAUGAGAAUACAAGUGAUACCUGCAACAAAACAUUGCACUAUAGCAUAACCUCUAACAGGAGCUCACCUGUUCAGAAUGCCAGCUAGCCAUGCCCUCUUGCAGAAUCUUCCAUUCUAUCCCCAGAUCUGUUCUGCUUUUUCAUCUGAUGCACAACCUUUCAUUGCUGUGCACCAUUGGUCAGUCCUUACUGGUCUGUUUUUUUGCCUCCUUGGAUUUUUUUUAAAGUACUUCUGCAAAACUUUGGGGUCUGUGGAGCAUGCAGAUACCUCUGAAGGUGAAGUGAUUUCUCCCUUUUGAGGGUCUGUGGCUGGAAAGUCAGUUGCCAUGGAGAGAGUUAAGUCAAGAAAGACUUUAUUUUAUGAUCGCAAAAGGUGGGAGUACUGUUGUAACCAUAUUUAUAGUCUUCUCAAAGAUAGGAAGAAUUCAAAACAACCAACCACGACAUUGCAUAGGGUAUAUAACCUUUUAUGGCAUAUUACAUACACUAACCACCUUUUGGACAUGCGUACUGUAGUGCAGUCAGGCAGUCUUCAGCAUGUUCCCUGCAUGAUCAACGAGUGGAUAGUUGCUCAUAUAUCAUUUCUUAUCUAGCAUUUCCCCAGCAAUAACUCAAUCUCCCCUUUAUUUAUUCUUUCCCUUGUAAAGCUAGAUAUUUUUACACAGCCAGCUCAUCCUGUAACACGAACCACUUCCUUUUCUUGUCAUUCUCUUCCUUUAUUGACAAUCUGCAAUUCAAGCAAACAGGGCAAUUCUCAAUGAGGGAUUUUAUUUUUUCCUUUAUUAAUAAAAAUUUCCCUUUAGCCCCCGCUUGUAUGUCUGUGGCCCCAUUUUGGCUUUCCUUUUGUCAGGACUAAUCACCUGUGAUAGCUAGUAGAUGGAUGAGUGGGACCUGCAACAGCGUGUUACAGUGUGGGGUACCGCUAUAAUCGGUACUGCGCUCCUCAUUUUCUCUUUGCUAUUAGAGGGAAUAGUUCCCCUUAACCUCUUAGGUCUCAUAUCCACAGUGCUGUUCCAAACCAUGAACACACAUUAAUGGAUUAAUUUGUGAACUAGGUUGUCAUGAAAAUGGAAGGAGCAGUAAACAUGAUUGCUGGUAUUCACAUGCUGUUUGGAUAUGUAGCUAACUAAAUAUACUUACCUAUAUGUUUACAUUUAUUCCAUAGGCGGAAUGGCCAUGGUGUUCCACGAGAAACAAUACAGAGGAUGAAGGAGCAAUAUGAGCAUGAUGUUACCUUUCAUGAUGUGCUUCAUUCAGAAGAACCAGCCAGACAUUUCAGUAGAUCCUAUGGCGUUUACGAUACUGGUUAUUCCCAUGUGAACUCAACAUUCCCCAACAGAAGAGCUAACAGCAACCCCAGAAAUGAAAGAUCAUUUAGUAGGAGAAAUGAUUUCUACCGGGUAUUUUAGAGUUUUUAAUCAAGUUGUAUAAAAUUUUGUUUUAUACCUUCAGGAAUUCUGUACUUAAAAUAUUUGUAUUUUUCUAUUGACCUAGAUUUAGUUCUUAAUUCUCCAUAUAUUCUUUUGGAGGUUAAAAACCCUGUUUUACUAUUCUUCUGAUGCAGAUUAUAUUUCUUCACUCAUGUUUACACCUGGCUAUAUAUAUAUAUAUAUAUGUAUGUGUGUGUGUGUGUGUGUGUGUGUGUGUUGUACACACACACACACACACACACAGUUUUGACAGGAUGACUCACACUUAGGAGUGUAAACAUAAUGAAGAACCCACAGUAAUUUUUAGCGGCAACAUAGAAAAGGAUCUCCAUGUCAUUGUGCUCAUAUACUAUGGGGGACAAGGAACUGGCAUCCCUGUGCAGAUCGCGCUAAUAGUGGUGCUAUACAAUUUUGGUCCUGGUAAGGAUGCACACAAAUGAUAUUUCAUAUCAUUAGUGUGCCAUAGCUAAUCAUAGUAUAGUGCAACAGUUAUAACUCUAAUUCCCCUGACUUCUAUCAAUUGUUCAGUAUACAAGGUUGUGGGAAUGUAAACAGAUUUCCUUCCAUAAAUAUUGACACAAUAAUUAAUUUUACAGUAUAAAAAAUUAAAAUGUUAAUUUUAAAACCUAGGUACAGAAGAAACUAAGUUAUAGAUCUGUAUUUCAUAGGACCACCUUCUUUUCUACGUUCCAUAUUAAUGUAGCUUCAUUUUUAUGACAUUUACCUUCUUUGACACAGCUGCUUCUCUACUUUGCAGUUUACCUCCUUUUUUACAUCAUGUAGAUUUCCUUUCUUGCUGAAACCAAUGAGGAGCUUUAUUUAGACCCCCAUUUGUUGUCAUUGCUCACCCUAUUUUUUAUUAUUAUGAUUCCUGAAACACACACCAAAUAGUUUGCAACCGUAGGAACAAUUCAGGGAAGAGGCAUAAUCUUGACAACAGUUUAGUUUUUCUCUGUUCCACAGUAAGAGUUGGGUAGUCCUCAAUUUCCUGUUUGGUAGUAGCAUAUGCCAAAGGUGGGUAGACCAAGGAAACCUGCCUAAAUUCAGUGGAACAUUAGAACUAGAGAUUAAUUGGCACCCUUGUGACUGUUGUUAACACUCAGUCCCAAGUGUUAUUUGUGCCUUUUUGCAGCCUGCUAGUUUAAUUUCUCUAGUCUCUGCGCUUUUUCUCUUCAUCUAAUUGUUUCCACAGAUCAGAUACUACUCGGUAUAUUUGCUUAAUCAUUCCGUCUAAAAGCUCUUCAAGGGUAGGUACUUACUGAAACUACAGUGGUACCUUGGGUUAAGUGCUUAAUUCGUUCCAGAGGUCCGUUCUUAACCUGAAACUGUUCUUAACCUGAAGCACCACUUUAGCUAAUGGGGCCUCCCGCUGCUGCCGUGCCGCCGGAGCACGAUUUCUGUUCUCAUCCUGAAGCAAAGUUCUUAACCUGAAGCACUAUUUCUGAGUCUGUAAGCUGAAGCGUAUGUAACCCGAGGUACCACAGUAGUAAAGAGUGAUGUAAAAGUAAGAUAGUAGAGUUACAAGCAAGAUAACUAUCCAAUAACUAUGUUAACAUCAAAUGCUUUAAAAUUGAUUGCUGGCUUUAAAAAACAAAACAAAACUAAUCUACUUGCAUUCCUACAGCCUGAUUCAGGUGUUUGUCCUCUCCAAUCUAAACAAACAUGGGUAUGUAUGUGCCUCCAAGCCCUGCAUCCUCUGGACCAUAUCUUGAGUCCUCCACAAGUUUGAGGGUGAAGGUAUGAAGUGGGGGCCAUUCUCCUCCCUUUGCACAAUUGGUUCUAAAAUUGCACAAGUAAUGGAAACUCUGUUCUUCAGACCUUUGCCUUCAAACUCACUGAGGCCUGUUAACACAAUAAAGGUGACAUAGUGGAAGGAUGUUUUUUGUCAGAGUAGCCUUACUGCCCACAUAGGCUUCUUUACACAAGAGGAGACAAAACACCGAAAUAGGGCUAUAACAAACAUAAGGUUUGUAUGUUUUGGAUAUGUUUGGCCUUGAACCAUUGUGAUUGCUAUGCAAAAAUAAACAAGGGAAUCAAAUUAUAUUGACUGCAUGUUUUGAACUGUACACUGGAGUUCUAAAAAUAUACAGUGCCUUCAUUAAAGUUAGUUAUUGCUGAACUAGUUCCAUAACUUUGAAUGUGCUUCUGCGCAACAUGACAGGAUUUUAAAAAUUUACAGCCAUUCUUACUGGAUUCUUCAUAAUCUAUUCGGUAGAGCAUACAUAAUCACACUAAGCUUUAUUCUGAAUUGAAAUGAGUAAUACACAGACAAGCCUGUACAAAACACUUAUAACAUUUACAAAGAUUGCUUAAAUAUUUAAAUGUACAGGGACAUUUAUAAGUACUUUCCUUUGUCUUUGGAAUUUCAUCUGCACAGCUAAUGGAAGUAUUUGUUCCAUUUGUCUCCUUUGUAGCAGCCUCAGUAUUCUCCUUACAGUCCUGCAAUAUAUCUGUUUUACCAGAAUAUUGGAAUUAUUCCUUACUAAAAGGCUGACAGGAAGAGCCGUGGGUAUGGAAUACACAAUUGUACCCACCAAAUUAACCUGUAUCUUCUGGAAAACUACUUACGAGGGCUUGUGUAUUUAUCAUUGCAAGCUCCUCGUCAGCAACAAAAUUAUUUUCAAGAGGAGAACCAGUCUCACUAGACCCUCUCAGGGCAGAUUUUUUAUUAUAACAUGCUGUUCUUUUCAGUGACUUUUCAAGUUGAGUGCCGGAACUUCGGGGGGGCUGAAAUGCCCUUUUCAGAGAUGGAGAAAUAAAUAUACAGUUGGUCUUCACUGGUGGUGGGGAAGGUACUCGACUAAGCAGGUCCAUUGCUCUUCUUUUCUUACAGUUCCUAGGGGUUUCUUGUAGUUCCACUGUUGUUUUUGCUGACCCUAGAGAUACCGGUGGCUUUGAAUCUAGCUUCCCAAGUGACAAAGGACUCUGAUGCCAUAGUCCACUGCUAGGAGUUGCAAUCUAAUUAAAAGGGGGGGGGGGGAGAGAAAACUAAGCUUAAAUUCUGUCAGUGACUACUGCCAUUCAAAGACAUCUGAACUAAUCAUUACUCCAUCACCAUCCUUGAGGUAUUUGUACUUACUUGAGAUGGUUAAAUAUGCUGGCUGAUAUUUAAGUUGAUUAUACUGGUAAAUAUAAUCAUCAUAAUAGAUUAAUAAAAACUUACGGAAUGUUU